UCAAAAGACAAAUUGGCUCUCUAGAAACGCCAUUCUGACCAACGGAUCGGCUAUUUUUGAGGCCACAAUGGGAUUUGUACUAAUGCACUUUGUGCAUGCUUGCUUGCUUGCUUUGUGUUCUGUGGAGAAACCAAGACAUAUGCGAGCUCGCCGUGGUGGUCGUUACGCUUGCAGACAGCUACCUGAUUUCACGGAAGACCCUCAAGAGUGAUUUCCACAUUUUCCUGUGCUCCUCUGUUCACCCUCUCAGUGGAGGGUUCUUUAGAAACGCCCUUUUCAAUUGAGCGACAAGACUGACUGGCGUGGCCUUGAAGUCCACGACUGAAUAAAUCAACCUCAUCAAGUGGGUCUGUCGUCAAGUGCAACUUAUUCUAAUCACUCUGCAACUCUUCGUUCCUCCUGGCAGAACUUGAUAAGACGGCCAGUUCUGCUAUUUUUCUGUCCAAUUUGCCAAAUCAUCGCCAAUCGUCGUCAUGGACGUGGGAGAGGAGCUCUUGGAGGAGGUGAACCACGGUUUGGAUAGCUUGGUCCAGAGCAAUGAUUCGUCCCAGGUCACAGUGGAUCAUUCCUUUGAUUCCUUCCAAGAGGAUCCUUUCUUCAAUCCAUCGGCAACUCCCAUUGAUGAUUCGCAUUUUUGCAAGAAGAUCUUGUACUGCGCUUUAGGCGAAGUCUCAGGGGUCAGGCUUUGGGACCUAUUGAUCUUGGUUCCCAACGUUCUGUUCUUGAGCUUCUUACUUAUUCGAUUGCCAUAUGCUCGUCUCAAACUGAGAGCCACCAACACACCCAUCUUCACGGCCUUCUACGGGCUAGUACUGGUGUGUGCCGUCGUGUCUGUGGUUCGAUGCUUGGUCAGUAUGAGUCUGUCUGCCGCCACAUCCACCGGCGACACCACGGAUAAGGUACUGUGGAUUGUUCUGCGUUUCUCCUUACUGGCCACGGAGAUGUCCGUGUUGGUAUUUGGCUUGGGAUCCGGUCAUCUGGACUCUCAAAGAGGCAUCCGGAGAGUAGUGGUGGUGAGCUUCGUGAUCUCGUUCAUUUUUUCGUUCACUCAGACCGUACUGGAGUUGUGGCAUCCGGAUGCGAACUUCCACGUGGCCAAGACUCAAACGAAUCUCUUUGGCCAUGGGGGCAUGCUCUUUUGGCUUUUGAGCUCGGCUCUGUUCACGCUGACUUACAUGUUCGUGUUGCUGUUGCCCUUCUUACCGUGCCGUCGAUUCGUGACAUUGCCGCAGAAGCGUUCUUUCUACCAAUACGUGGGUUAUCUUCUCAUCUUGAAUGCGGCUCAGACGGCAGGCAGUCUGUUGGUGUACGUGGGUCAGUCCAAUGGUCUGUGUGUCGUCAAUUUGACUACGUUUUUCUACUUCACGACCUUGCCGCCCGUUAUCUACUUCACUUUCUUGCGAGCCUUCUUCAGCGUGGCUCAGCCGCAAGUCUUGUUCUCCUACAAGGCCCAGGUCGACGACUUCGAUGCCGACGAGAUGCACCCGAGCGCGUCCUUCAACGAUUUUCCACCCGAUCAAAUGGAUUCGUCCAUGGAAGUGAACGCACCCAUCGUGAUCAACAACGGCAGCCACUCGUUCUCGCGGGUGCCGCAAUCAGACCUUCGCAAUACUGGAAUCGCUAGUCCGGAUAGUGUGAUUAAUUACAACUUUACCGGAGGACAACAUGACUGACCCGCCCAUGCCCUAACGUUCCCAUUUCAUGUAACUUAUCUACUGCUGUCUGUCCCACGUGCCCCUUUGUUAAACGGUUCCAAUGUCAGAAGACUGCAUUACCCCAUUACAUGCUUGCCUUGUUUUUACGAAUUCUCAUUCUAACAUUUUUUUCCCGUUCGUUCAUAUACGAGUAACCCUAUGAUUUUGUUACCAUUCUCCCCUGAACACUCCCAUGGUCAGAAUCAGGAAGAAUUGUCAGCUAAUUCCAAGAAAUACCCGAUAUCAAACUCAACGUUCGCCUAUCGGGAACAGAAAACCCAGCCAUGAUGAAUACUGUACAAAGGAUUGUUACGGGGCAUUACCAAGAACCUCUCCUCAUGAUUGAAUAAACGUAACCUGUAUAUAUUUUAAAGGAAA